AUGUCCAAACAGACGACUAAACAAAUAUCUGACCACAAAAACAAAAAGUUACGGACCCCCAGUAACAAAAAACCUCCCUUUUGUGCACAAAACUUGAAACCUUACACCUGUACAACCUGCAAGUACUCAACUCAUUUAAAAGUCUUUUUCAAAGAACACAGCCACUCAAAGGAAAAACAGAAGCCACCACAAACAUUAAAGCACUACUUUUGUGACAUAUGUGGCCUUCGAACUCACUCCAUCGUGUUUUUCUUGGUACACAAGCGAAAAUGCGCACCCAAAGCAAUAAACCUCAACUACCGAACAAUACUAAUGUACAGAUGCAAACAGUGCCCUUUCCAGAUAAAACGACUACACAAACUGCGACAACACGUGGAAAAAAUCCACUCCACAUGUUUCGACGCAUCCAAAUGGGACAAGUUUAACAUGAACAUCAUCCUCCCGAAGCUCGUCCGUUGCGGCUUAUGUUCACACAUGUGCGUCAGAUCGUCGUUGCGACACCACAUUGCCGAUAAACACCCCAGUCAAAGUGCCAAAGCCAAACUGUACAAAUGUGAUCGAUGCCAGAAGUCGUUCAAGAACAAAAAGUAUUUUCAAGUACAUCGGCGGUCCAAGCACACGAGUGAGGGGUAUAAGUGUGAGCAGUGCUCUUUUAAAACCAAUUACGAAAGUACGUUGCAAAACCACGUGAAGGUUUACCACUCGGAGAACGCUAAGUGGUUUCAAUGUGAAUUGUGCGAGUAUAAAGGGCGAACAAGCAAACUGUUGAACGAUCACAAAACGAACAUCCAUGAGCUGAAAACGUUGGUGCGGUGUGGGCUUUGCAAUUUUGUGACGAAUCAUAAGGUCUCGCUGAAAAAACACAUAGGGUGUAAACAUGGUAGAGAUAUUGAGAGGCUGACAAAGCUAAAUGCUAGAAUUGGCACAAAUCUAGAUAUUCUAAAAAUUCUAAGAAUUCUAGAGGUUUUAGCGAUUGAAGAGGUUCUGGAGAUUCUCUAG